GAAUGAGAACAUUGGUCAUGAGGAGGGAGGUCCCGGUAGGUAGGGCGGAGGUGAGAGUGGGAAGCAGAAUCUACUCCCAGGCACCAGGCCACAGGUUGGAUGUUUACUUUCCAGACACGGUUCUGUGCCUCCUCCCUCUUUUUCCUUCACCAGAAAUGUGGCUUUGGGUCCUCAAGAGCUGAGUGCCAUGCCCUCCCUACUCUGGAAAGCAGGAAGCACAAGAGUUGGGCUCAGGGGAGAAACCCAUCCUGGCCCUGGGUUGCCUGGCCUCCUAUCUCUGGGGGCACAGCAUACUCUGCCCCCUCAGCUCCAGAUGCAGGAGAGAGGACAUCCCCCUCUCUUCCUCCGCCCCCCAGCACUGCAGGCAGCCUCUCCCUUCCCUCCGAGGCUGCUGCAGCCUGCCCAGCAUCUUAAUUAGCUUUGCUGCCUAAUGAACCUCCUAUUCCUCUGUCCCUCUGCUUCCCAGCCUUCGGCUUGAUUUGGGGAUCCCUGUGUGUGCAUCCCAGGCUCUCUUGCACGGUUCCUCAUGGUGGCUGUUGUCUGGGGCAAAUACAGCAAGAGGAAAGGACGAUUCAAAAGAUCAGAUGGGAGCACAUCCUCCGACACCACAUCCAACAGCUUUGUCCGCCAGGGCUCGGCAGAGUCCUACACAAGCCGCCCAUCAGACUCUGAUGUAUCUCUGGAGGAGGACCGGGAAGCGUUAAGGAAGGAGGCAGAACGCCAGGCCUUGGCCCAGCUUGAGAAAGCUAAGACCAAACCAGUGGCUUUUGCUGUUCGGACAAACGUUGGCUACAACCCAUCUCCAGGGGAUGAGGUGCCUGUGCAGGGAGUGGCCAUCACCUUUGAGCCCAAAGACUUCCUGCACAUCAAGGAGAAAUACAAUAAUGACUGGUGGAUCGGGCGGCUGGUGAAGGAAGGCUGUGAGGUCGGCUUCAUCCCCAGCCCUGUCAAACUGGAUAGCCUUCGCCUGCUGCAGGAACAUGCCCUGCGUCAAAACCGCCUCAGCUCCAGCAAGUCAGGUGACAACUCCAGUUCCAGUCUGGGAGACGUGGUGACUGGCACCCGCCGCCCCACGCCCCCUGCCAGUGCCAAACAGAAGCAGAAGUCGACAGAGCAUGUGCCCCCCUAUGACGUGGUGCCUUCCAUGAGGCCCAUCAUCCUGGUGGGACCAUCGCUCAAGGGCUAUGAGGUGACAGACAUGAUGCAGAAAGCAUUGUUCGACUUCCUGAAGCACCGCUUUGACGGCAGGAUUUCCAUCACUCGGGUCACGGCCGACAUCUCCCUGGCCAAGCGCUCAGUCCUCAACAACCCCAGCAAACACAUUAUCAUUGAGCGCUCCAACACACGCUCCAGCCUGGCUGAGGUUCAGAGUGAGAUUGAGCGGAUCUUCGAGCUGGCCCGGACCUUGCAACUGGUGGCCCUAGACGCUGACACCAUCAACCAUCCAGCCCAGCUCUCUAAAACUUCGCUGGCCCCCAUCAUUGUUUACAUCAAGAUCACAUCUCCCAAGGUACUGCAGAGGCUCAUCAAAUCUCGAGGGAAGUCUCAAUCCAAACACCUCAAUGUCCAAAUUGCAGCCUCGGAGAAACUGGCACAGUGUCCCCCCGAAAUGUUUGACAUAAUACUGGACGAGAACCAAUUGGAAGAUGCCUGCGAGCACCUGGCCGAGUACUUGGAAGCCUACUGGAAGGCCACACACCCGCCCAGCAGCACGCCACCCAAUCCGCUGCUGAACCGCACCAUGGCAACCGCAGCUCUGGCUGCCAGCCCUGCCCCCGUCUCCAACCUCCAGGGACCCUACCUUGCUUCCGGGGACCAGCCACUGGACCGGGCCGCUGGGGAGCAUGCCAGCGUGCACGAGUACCCCGGGGAGCUGGGCCAGCCCCGGGGCCUUUACCCCAGCAACCACCCACCUGGCCGGGCAGGCACCCUGCGGGCACUGUCCCGCCAAGACACGUUUGAUGCUGACACCCCCGGCAGCCGAAACUCUGCCUACACGGAGCCGGGAGACUCGUGUGUGGACAUGGAGACAGACCCCUCAGAGGGCCCAGGGCCUGGAGACCCUGCAGGGGGAGGCACACCACCAGCCCGGCAGGGUUCCUGGGAAGACGAAGAAGACUAUGAGGAGGAGAUGACCGACAACCGGAACCGGGGCCGGAAUAAGGCCCGCUACUGUGCGGAGGGUGGUGGGCCGGUUCUGGGGCGCAAUAAGAAUGAGCUGGAGGGCUGGGGACAAGGCGUCUACAUCCGCUGAGAGGCAGGGGCAGCGUUGGGAGAGGAAAGGCUCUGAGCCGGGGAGGGGAGAGAAGAGGGGCGCACCACCCGAGAUGUGUCUUGCCUCUAGGGGGCGCUGUGUCCCUCAUUUUCAGAUGCCUUUGCUCAAAGAUGGGUUUCUUUGGUGGUUAUCAUCCCAACUCCAGAGAGGCCCUAAAACCCCAGCUCUAGGUUCUUCCCUAACUGCUGUGGGUGGAUGGGGGAAUACCUACUUUCUGAAGUGCCCCCUUUCCCCAUCUUAGGGGGCUCUCUCCCUCCCAGAGAAAAGGUGCACUCCCUCAACUCUUUCUACUCGGGGCUGAACCAGAAGGUCCUAAUAGGGGUGGGGGUGGGGCUUCUUUUUACCAACAUAGGAGUAUUUGGGAAAGGUUGGGUGCUUUUCCUGAAGAGAGAGGCCACUGACUCUUCCCCAAACCCCAGGGUCCCCCACCAUGUCCAUCCCAUAACCUGGUGUCUUCCCAGCGUUCUCUGGUGGGUGAAAGCCACAGCUUGGAAACCCAUGUGGAGCUGGCCCUGGAGAGUAGGGCCGGGUGGAAGCUGACAGGAAUCAGUUGUGUCCUCUGUGGCCAUGACAAGAGUCCAGGGCCUAGAACCUUGAGUGAGCAAAUCAAGAUGCUGCCCUACCCCGCCCCCAGAUCCCCGCCCUUGCCUCCCCCAGGAAUGAGCUUUGUCCACAGCAUCCCCUGCCUGCUGCCAUCGGAAGAGGGGCCCUCUGCAUCUGAGCCCCACAUCUCCGUGCCACCGGGGUGUGGAGACCAUGAAUAUUUUGGUCCACCUCAUUCUAAACCAAAAAACCUGCUCUUUUACCAUCACCCUGAGGCCCCAGGGGAGAGGUUCUGUGGGUUGGUGCCCAAGAGGUGACCAUCAUCCAGGGGCUGCCUGAGAACCUUGGGUCUCCCCUAGGGGUCUUGGUUGCUGCUGCUUUUCUGUAUUUUGCCUCUUGUGGUCCUGUCCUUUCCCAGUGUCCACUUUCCCCAAGAGAGGCCUUGGUAGCUCCUCUCCCUUGGGGCAUCCUUAGCCUCAGCAUCCCUGACCCCCCCCCCCCCCCGCCCCAGCAUCACAGCUGGUCCAGAGAGAGCCGAUUGUGCCAACGAGGACUGGGCCCUGCCCAGCUGCCCACCUCAGGGAUGGGCACCUCACGCCUGUCUCGCCCGCCACCUGUGCCAAUGUUGCCCCACCCCACCCCCACCUGGGGGAGGGGCGCAGCUUCCACUUACAGGUUAGAAGAUACCACUGCCCAACCUUUCGCUCCCUGUCUUGUCCUGUGACCAUCUGUCUGUCUAUUUGUCUGUACUCCUCUAGGAGAGAGAUUUUGCCACAUAUAAAACCGCAGCCCCGUCCUUUGCGGCCA